GACAUAAAAGGACUUCAAAAGCACAAACGACGAGGACGACGACAGCUGGUAUUUUAGGAUGAACGAUACCACGUAGCAGCAGCUGUCGCAACCAAGAUAGGAGCCUCCCAACAUUACAGGUGUUCGAAAUGAACGGAGGGGGAACCGGCAUUCCCUUCCAUGAAAUGACCAGACUACCCUUCUCUCCGGCCAUAGUCCAGGAGGUCCGAAAUGGUCGCUUCGUUGGCCGAGCAUGCGUGACGCGGCCGGGAAGAAGGGAUUCCUGCCGGGUGUCCCCUCGGCGGAGCCACUUGGCGGCGACCGGAGCGAACCAAAUAACAACAGAUCUCUGAUUUGGCUGCAAGAUCACCGUGCCGUCCAGGGGAACCGACGGCGAGGAUCCGGGAGAUCGGGAGACCUCGCAAGCGAGCCUGCAGGACCUCCAAUGAACGACGGCCACGCUUCUGCCCACACACGUGAGAGGAAGCGAAAAGCUUAUAUACGGCCUCGGGGAGGCGCAAGCCUCUACGACUACUCCCCAGGCGUCGCCCAAGGGAUCACACAACCCUCACUUUCUCAGAUUAUACACAGAUCCGUUUCUCUGGUGAGUGGAUGUGCGGCCUACUGGUUCCGUGAUGGGAACACCGGUAGGGGCCCUAUGGUAAUCGAAGAUGGAAACCAACCAUGUGGCCAUCGCCACUGGUGAGGACAGAGCGGUAGCAGGAGCAAUGCGCGCGCGCGGAGGCAUGACGGCGACUAUGGUGCCCCUCCGCCGCUCGCCCACCGAGAAGCCUCCCUUCACCCUCGGUCAGAUCAAAAAGGCCAUUCCACCUCACUGCUUCGACCGCUCCGUCAUCCGCUCCUUCUCCUACGUCUUCCGGGACCUGCUCUUUGCCGUUCUCUUCCUCUACGUCGCCGUCGCCCUCAUCCCCAAGCUCUCGCUCGGACUCGCCCUCGCCGCCUGGCCACUCUACUGGGUCGUCCAGGGAUGCGUCCUCACCGGCCUAUGGGUCAUUGCCCACGAGUGCGGCCAUCACGCCUUCUCCGACUACUCCCUCCUCGACGACGUUGUCGGCCUCGUCUUUCAUUCCGCCCUCCUCGUCCCCUACUUCUCCUGGAAGUACAGCCACCGCCGGCACCACUCCAACACCGGCUCCAUCGAGCGCGACGAGGUCUUCGUCCCCAAGCCCAAGGCCUCUCUUUCAUGGUAUUCCAAGUACCUCAACAACCCGCUCGGCCGCCUCGUCACCCUGGCCGUCACCCUCACCCUCGGCUGGCCAUUGUACCUCGCCUUCAACGUCUCCGGCCGCCCCUACCCCCGCUUCGCCUGCCACUUCGACCCCUACGGGCCGAUAUACACGGACCGCGAGCGGGCCCAAAUCUUCAUCUCCGACGCCGGCCUCAUGGCGACCUCGUAUGCCCUCUACCGCUUCGCGGCCAGCUACGGCUUCUGGUGGCUGGCGAGGGUGUACGGCGUGCCGCUGCUGAUCGUGAACGGGUGGCUGGUCCUCAUCACCUACCUGCAGCACACGCACCCGGCGUUGCCCCACUACGACUCGAGCGAGUGGGACUGGCUGCGGGGGGCGCUGGCGACGGUGGACAGGGACUACGGGGUGCUCAACAAGGUGUUCCACAACAUCACGGACACCCACGUCGCGCACCACCUCUUCUCGACGAUGCCGCACUACCACGCCACGGAGGCGACCAGGGUGAUCAAGCCGCUGCUGGGCGAGUACUACCAGUUCGACGGGACUCCGCUGCUGAAGGCGAUGUGGAGGGAGGCGCGGGAAUGCAUCUACGUGGAGCCGGACGAGGGGAGCAAGCAGGAGGGUGUCUUCUGGUACCGGAAGGAGUUCUGAAUCGAUCCGUAAACCAAAAGAGAAGAUUUGGCGAGGGAGGGAAAGGAGGACGCGCGGCGGCGGCGCUGUCGUUGCUACGUCCUCUUUGUGUUAGUGCCUCGUCUUCGUAGAAUCGGAUAGGAAGUCGAAGAACAGAGAAGAGACUGAUAGGGUUGUUUUUACUCGUUGGUCUCC